UCUCUAGUCUCGAAGAGGAGUGCGACAGCUGCUUUGUAAUUCUUUACUCUCUGUCCCAAUCUGUAUUGUGCUUCUAAUCAUGCGAAGGAUAAACAUUCGCACGAAACACCUGAAUUGUUGUGCGAUGCAGAACUUGCGCUUGAGAAGUUUCGAAUAAGCAGAAGAUAUUAAUUUAUAUUAUGUUACAAUAAGGACAAAAACAAAUGGAAUAACAUGGAUAUGUUUCUCAACGUUCAUAAAAAAAACUAUAGAGUCCUAGACUUGGUACGGCAAAGGGAGAUUCAAGACAUAGUGUCAUAUACAAUUCGACAGAAAUUGCAAGUUACUGACAAUCUAAUAUCUCGCUUGGGUUUAGAGAAGGAAUUAGAUGGUCAUACAGGAUGUGUUAAUUGUUUGGAAUGGAACGAGAGCGGACAAAUCCUUGCAUCAACGUCAGAUGACAAAGACAUUAUAUUGUGGGACCCUUUUCGUUAUGAAAAAAAAUUAGUACUUCAUACAGGUCAUCAUGGAAACAUAUUCUCUGUUAAGUUUAUGCCGAAAUCAAAUGACCGUGUACUGGUGUCAGGUGCCGGGGACUGCAGGAUUCGGGUGUACGAUAUCGCGUUCUCGUUCACUGAACCGACAUUCACAUGCAAGUGCCACAAGGCGCGUGUCAAGCGUAUCGCCACUGCGCCUAGUAUACCUUUCCUGUUCUGGAGUGCGAGCGAGGACGGACUCUUUUUGCAAUACGACAUGCGUACACCGCACAUUUGCGGGAAUGAAGAGAACAACGUGCUUGUGAAUUUGAUAUAUCAUGUGGGUAGCCAUGUGGAAGGCAAAUGCAUCGCCGUGAACUCGAAGAAGCCCGAACUGAUCGCGAUCGGCGCUAAUGAUGCUUACAUUCGAAUGUAUGAUCGGAGAAUGAUAAAGAUGUCGCAGUUUCCACCAUCUACUACCACGUAUACUUUUAACACGGACUGGUUAAAUUUCACCAAUUAUCGAGCAGGCAAAGGCGAUCCAGAUAACAAUAUCCCGAUGGGUAGUGUACAGUACUUUAUUGCAGGCCAUUUGCGCUCUCGUGACAGCAACAAGAAUAUCACCACGACUUACUUGACGUUCAGUGACGACGGAAACGAGUUACUCGUAAAUAUGGGUGGUGAACAGAUUUAUUUGUUUGACAUUAACAAUCCGAAACAGUCGAAAGCAUAUUUUGGUUAUCCGCCAAAGAAACAUACAGAAUUUGGAAGGACUCACACGGGGCAAAGUGAAGAGAAGAUGGAAAACUUCACGCAUAAAAAUAUGAAAGUUUUGCCGCCGCAUGUUGAAGAACUGAAGCGUCAAGCGAAUGAGGGCUUUGAGCAGCAAAAGUACUCGUUAGCAAUUAAUUUAUACAAUAAAGCAAUUUGUUAUUGCCCAACGGCGGCAGUGUUAUUUGCUAACCGAGCAGCUGCUUACAUGAAACGUUCUUGGGAUGGUGAUAUUUAUGCCGCUUUACGGGAUUGUAAAAUAACGUUGCUUCUUGAUCCAGGACACGUGAAAGCUCACUUUAGAUUGGCGCGUUGCCUGUUCGAUUUAAAUCGAUUGUUGGAAGCUGACAAAGUAAUUAAGAAUUUUCAACAGAAAUUUAGCGAAUAUGCGUCUAAUGCAGCGUGUAAAGCAUUGAAGAUGGAUAUAAAGGAAGCUAUCGAUAACGUGAAAAAAGAUACGCAAACCAAUCCGAUACAGUAUCAGAUAUCAGAAUAUGAACAGGGGUGGAGACGUAACGCCAUUGAUUAUAAAAUGCGAUUCUGCGGCCACUGUAACACGACGACCGACAUAAAGGAGGCAAAUUUUUUCGGAAACAAUGGUCAAUAUAUAAUAGCUGGAUCAGACGACGGUUCCUUCUUUAUUUGGGAUCGUAGUACUACCAAUAUCAUACGUGUGCUGCGAGGAGAUGAUAGAAUUGUCAAUUGUCUACAACCACAUCCAUCCAUAUGCUUGCUAGCUACUAGCGGUAUUGAUCCAGUAGUUAGACUGUGGAGUCCGUUACCGGAGGAUGGCAGAGUAAAUGAAAGGGAAAUUCAGAAUCUAGAUGACGCCGCGUCGGCCAACCAAAUACGCAUGAACAGCGAUCCAUUUGAAAUAAUGCUCAUGAACAUGGGAUAUAUAAGCAGGUUAUCUGGUCAGCAACAAGAUUUCAGCGACGAAGACGAUGAGGAUCGACGUGAUAUACCAUUUGUGCAGGCUUUAAAUUGUAGGCCAAGUUAAUUCUCAGAAGGAACAUACUAAGAAUGAUAAGCAACUGAAAAAGUUUAUUGACAUAUGUGUGUGUGUAUAUGUGUUAUAAUCACACACUGUAUUGUAUUUCUAUUUCUAAUUAUUUAUUUUUUCACAAAGUCAUCCCGAAGCACUUUUGUUGUAUAAUCUAUUACGACGGUGUUUUUAUAAAAUUGAAGGGAAAAAGAAUUUUAUUUGCCAGUUAAUUUUGUGAAUGUUUUGUUAGGGAAUAUAAAGCGCAAAAGAGAGAAAAAGCAAGAAUUAUAUUUCGAAUUCAUGUAGUACGAUAUAGUUAAUAAUAUAUUGCGUUAUGAUAUUUC